AUGUGUUUUGCAGAGGUUAAUAUACUGUGGGCAGCGCACCAAAUACAUCAUAGUUCUGAAGAUUACAACUUAUUCACAGCCUUGAGACAAUCUCUACUGCAGAAAUAUACCUCCUGGAUUUUCAACUUGCCCAUGGCUCUUUUCAUUCCCCCUUCAGUGUUUGCUGUUCAUCUACAGUUUAACCUACUUUACCAGUUUUGGAUACAUACAGAGGUUAUCACCAACCUUGGGCCUCUGGAGUGGAUUCUUAAUACUCCCAGUCAUCACAGAGUUCAUCAUGGUAGAAAUCCUUACUGCAUUGACAAAAAUUAUGGUGGCACACUCAUUAUCUGGGACAGGAUAUUUGGAACAUUUGAGGCAGAAAAUGAAAAAGUUGUAUAUGGCUUAACACAUCCAGUAAAUUCAUUUGAUCCCAUCAUGCUCCAGUUACGUCCCUUGGCUCAUAUUUGGAACACAUUUUGGGCCACACCUGGAUUCUGCAACAAGCUUUCUGUCAUAUUCAAAGGGCCAGGCUGGGGACCAGGCAAACCUAGACUUGGCCUUCCUGAGGAAAUCCCAGUGAUCACUGGAAAAGAAGUUCCCUUCAAUCCUAGUGUACCAGCUCAUCUUAAUUGCUAUGUGGUUGUACAUUUUGCUGUAAUAAUGGACUUGUAUACUGAACUUCUUGGUACUGUGACUAUGUUAUCACAGGGAACAAUUCUCCUGAGAAUUGGCUUUAUCAUUCUGUCCCUGACAUCUUUUGGACUACUUAUGGAGAACAGGCCCAAAGCAGGAAUUUUGGAAAUCAUCCGCUGCUUGGUCUUCAUAGGUGUGUACAAACUUGGCUAUUUAAGGAGUCAGUUUUCUUCCUUGGGCUAUGCAUAUGAG